UUAACUCCCUUCUUUCUCUCUCCCUUCAUUUUUUUUCUUCUCUCCCUCUUUCAAAAUUGAUUUAAUGUUCAUUUUGUUUUUCAUAUUUACAAUUUCAGCUACUUCUUGAAUAUUCACCUUAUCUUACUAUUUAGCUUUUAAUGGUGCACUGAAGAACUGCUCUAUUUUGCACUUUUUUUUUGGAAUUUGUACUUGCAGGAGUAAUUUUAAGAGCUUUGUUUGUUUAAAUUAAGCAAAGAAAAGAGUUCAAUGGCACCCAAGAAUGGAAAGGGAAAGAGCAAGGGAGACAAGAAGAAGAAAGAAGAGAAAAUUCUUCCUGUUGUUAUGGAUAUAACAGUGACCCUUCCUGAUGAAACAAGUGUAGUUUUGAAGGGAAUAUCCACAGACAGAAUCAUCGACGUUCGAAAACUUCUCUCAGUGAAUACAAUGACUUGCAAUAUCACCAACUUCUCCUUGUCACACGAGAUUAGGGGCCCACGUCUAAAAGACACGGUGGACGUUGCAGCUCUUAAACCCUGCAAUAUUACAUUGGUUGAAGAGGCGUACGAUAAGGAAAGUGCAGCGGCGCACGUUAGAAGGCUACUGGACAUUGUAGCAUGCACAACGAGUUUUGGUCCAUCUGCUGGGAGCAAAGAAGGAAACAAAACUGAGGAAGUUAAAAAUGCGCGGGGUGCGCAGGAUAAGAGUUCGUCGGCGAAAAAAUCCGGCAGUAAGUCGAAUAACGGUAAACAAUCGCCGGCAACGACGGAAGAUUCCGCCGGAAAAUGUUCAAAUGCGACGAUUUUAUCUCCGUCGAAAGAUGAUAUUUCGAUGAUGAUUGAUGGAGAAGGAGAGACGAAUAAUUCUUGCCCUAAGCUUGGAAGUUUCUAUGAGUUCUUCUCUCUCGCUCAUCUCUCUCCUCCUCUUCAGUUCAUUCGGAGGGCUUCAAGGCAGACUGAUGAUCAGAUUUUAGAGGAUGAUCAUCUAUUUUUCCUAGAUGUUAAGCUGUGCAAUGGCAAGCUGGUUCUUGUUGAGGUUUGCAAGCGUGGAUUCAUCAGUAUUGGGAAGCAUCGUGUCCUCAGUCACAACCUUGUUGAUCUGCUUAGACAACUUAGUAGAGCUUUCGAUAGUGCUUAUGAUGAGCUCAUGAAAGCAUUCUCAGAGCGCAACAAGUUUGGUAAUCUACCAUAUGGCUUCAGAGCCAACACGUGGCUCAUUCCUCCAUCUGCAACACAUUCACUUUCGACAUUUCCCGCUCUUCCUGUUGAGGACGAAACUUGGUGUGGCAAUGGUGGUGGCUGGGGGAGAGAUGGAAAAAGUGAUAUGAUACCUUGGGCAAAUGAAUUCCGCUUUGUUGCAUCAAUGCCUUGCAAGACUCCUGAAGAGAGACAAAUACGAGAUAGAAAAGCUUUUCUCAUUCAUAGUUUGUUUGUAGAUGUGGCAAUUUUUAGGGCAAUUUCUACCUUGCAACAUGUAAUUGAGAAAAAGAGAGUGACUCAUACAGCUGCAAAUGAUGAGAUUAUUCAUGCUGAGAUAGUUGGUGAUCUGCAUAUCACUGUCAUGAAGGACGUCUCUCUUGCAAGCUGUAAGCUAGACACUAAGAUUGAUGGGCUUCAUGCCACCGGUUUGGAUCAGAGGGCUCUAACAGAGAGAAACUUGCUGAAAGGGAUAACAGCUGAUGAGAAUACUGCUGCUCAUGAUAUCAGCAGUUUAGGCUCUAUAAACUUGAGGUAUGCUGGUUACGUCGUCACAGUGAAGGUUGAAGUCAAAGACGAUACACCUGUCGAUUCAUUGUCACCUAGCAUAGAAACUUUUGAUCAGCCUGAAGGUGGUGCUAAUGCACUCAAUAUUAACAGUUUAAGACUACUACUUCAUAAAGUAGCAGCCACAGACCAUCACAAAUGGGAAACCCAAUCAGAACAGUAUGAUGCUCGAAGACUCAGCACAUCUCAAGCUUUUGUGGAAAAACUAUUGGAAGAGAGUCUUGCAAAGCUUCAGGAAGAGAACACGAAGGAAGACAAUUUUGUAAGAUGGGAGCUAGGAGCAUGUUGGAUUCAACAUCUUCAGGACCAAAAAAGUACAGAGAAAGACAAGAAACCCUCUGCUCAAAAGGCUAAGAAUGAGAUGAAGGUUGAAGGUCUAGGAACACCCCUUAAAUCCCUCAGGAACAAGAAAUCAGAAGGAAUUUCUCAAGCUCAUCCUGAUAAUUCACUGUCAAAUUCAAGCAGUGCUGAUGUUGUGUCAUCAUCUACCGAAGCACAGUCCGGCACCACUCAAAUUGACAGUGAGCCUGCACUCAAAACUAUUUUGUCGGAUACAGCUUUUACUCGUUUAAAAGAAUCAGAUACAGGAUUGCACCAGAAGUCUUUGCAAGAACUAAUUGACCUCUCCCAGAAAUAUUAUGAUGAAGUUGCUCUACCUAAGCUGGUUGCAGAUUUUGGCUCAUUAGAACUCUCACCUGUUGAUGGGCGAACAUUGACUGAUUUUAUGCAUACAAGAGGUCUUCGGAUGCGUUCUCUUGGGCGUGUUGUGAAGUUGUCAGAAAAGCUGUCUCAUGUUCAGUCUCUCUGUAUCCAUGAGAUGAUUGUUCGAGCUUAUAAGCACAUAAUCCAAGCAGUGAUUGCUUCUGUUGGUACUGAUGAUGUGGCACUGACCGUUGCUUCAGCUUUGAAUUUAAUGUUGGGGGUUCCUGAUACUGGUAAUUCAGACAAGUCAUUCAAUGUCCAUCCCCUGAUAUGGAGAUGGUUGGAGUUCUUCUUGAUGAAGCGAUAUGACUGGGAUAUCAAUGGUUUUAACUUCAAAGAUUUGAGAAAGUUUGCCAUUCUACGUGGACUUUGUCAAAAGGCGGGUCUCGAAUUAGUUCCGAGGGAUUAUGAUAUGAAUUCUCCCAAUCCUUUCCGUAAAACAGAUGUUGUCAGCCUGAUACCUGUUCACAAGCAAGCAGCAUGCUCAUCAGCUGAUGGUAGACAACUUUUGGAGUCAUCAAAAACAGCUUUGGAUAAAGGAAAGCUUGAAGAUGCAGUUAAUUAUGGGACAAAGGCUCUAGCGAAGCUGGUAGCAGUUUGUGGUCCGUAUCAUCGGAUGACUGCAGGAGCUUACAGUCUCCUUGCUGUGGUCUUGUAUCAUACUGGAGAUUUUAAUCAGGCUACAAUUUACCAGCAAAAAGCCUUGGACAUCAACGAGAGGGAAUUGGGACUCGAUCAUCCUGACACGAUGAAAAGCUACGGAGAUUUAGCUGUGUUCUAUUACCGGCUUCAGCAUACAGAGCUGGCUCUCAAGUAUGUGAAGCGCGCGUUAUAUCUACUACAUCUCACAUGUGGUCCAUCACAUCCGAAUACAGCUGCCACAUAUAUAAAUGUGGCUAUGAUGGAGGAAGGCCUUGGAAAUGUACAUGUUGCCCUUAGAUACCUCCACAAGGCUCUGAAGUGUAAUCAAAGGUUAUUAGGACCAGACCACAUUCAGACAGCAGCAAGUUAUCAUGCCAUCGCUAUUGCACUUUCAUUGAUGGAAGCAUAUCCUUUAAGUGUUCAGCAUGAGCAGACAACCUUGCAAAUUCUUCGGGCUAAGCUAGGGCCUGAUGAUUUACGCACUCAGGAUGCUGCUGCUUGGCUUGAAUAUUUUGAAUCCAAGGCUUUUGAACAACAAGAAGCUGCAAGAAAUGGGACUCGGAAACCUGAUGCAUCCAUAGCAAGCAAAGGUCAUCUCAGUGUUUCAGACUUGCUUGACUAUAUCAAUCCCAGUCCUGAUUCGAAAGGGAGAAACUCAAUGUCAGUCAAGAGAAAAAGCUAUUUUGUGAAGGUCCAAGAGAAAGCAAAUCAGGCUUCCAUCAAACCCAGCUCCGAGGGUUCUCCCAAAGACACAAACCCAAUUGUUUCUGAUGGUGAUAAUGAACCUGAAGGUAUUAGUAGUGAAGCUGAGUCUGAUGCUAUCUCUGAUACAACAAAAUUGGUAGAUAGCACUAUAGAGCCUGUUCAUCCCGUUGUACCUGUCCCGGAACCUGUCCAAGUGAAGCAGCCAAUCACUCCCAGUAAAGUCUCACCUGAGACCAAUAUUGAAGCUGAAGAUGGGUGGCAGCCUGUUCAACGGCCAAGAUCAGCUGGGGGACAUGGUCGUCGAGUUAGACAGAGACGUGCAACAAUUGGCAAAGUAUAUGGCUACCAGAAGAAAGAAGUAGUUGACACUGAUCCAGCCAGACUAAAUAAUUCUCUCCAAAAUACCAACUAUUAUGUGUUGAAGAAACGUGCAUUGUCACCAGCUAGCUACACAGAUCAACAUAGUGCUAAAAAUGCCUCCCAAGUCAGCAAAUUUGGGCGACGAAUUGUCAAAGCUGUGACUUACAGGGUGAAGUCCGUGCCUUCUUCUGCCAAAGGUGAAUCUAAGGAGGUCUCUGUCAAAGAAAGUGAAUCUGGACAAAAUCUUGAGAAGCCCACAAUAGUUAGGCUGGGGAAAUCUCCUUCCUAUAAGGAUGUUGCACUUGCACCGCCAGGGACUAUCUCUAAACUGCAAGCCAGUGUUCCCGAAGAUGAUAGUCCAAAUGAGACUAAGGUUGCUGUAGAGAACUGUGAAGAUGCUGUGGGUAAUGAUUUGAGAAAAAAUGUCGUAUCUGAAAAGGCAGAUGUCGUGGUAGAGAACGUUAAAGAGAUUGACGAGUGUGCUCCAUCAGCUUCCAAAGAAUCCUCUCCAGGUCAUCAGGAUAUGGAAGACAAUUACUCAGAUGGUGUAGCAAGAAAUAUUGGUACUUCUGGGGGUGUGUCUUCUACUGUUGACAAGGCCGACAGUGAUACAAUUGACAUCCAUGAAGUGGUACCUGAGAAUGUACCCGUAAACACCGCAACAACGAAUUUAGCAAGUUCUUCAAAAGAUGUGAAGUUCGAAUUGGACAUAGCUUGUGGUUCUCAAACAGAAGAUAGCGGAGCAUCUCCCUUGCAAGGAGAGGAACAUUUGGAGGACAAACCGAUGGUUACAAAUUCGAGUGAUGCGCAAGAUAUUCCCAGCAAGAAGUUGUCAGCUUCUGCUGCCCCAUUUAGCCCAUCACCAGCCAUUGCGCGCUCUGCUCCCUUGCCUUUGAACAUGAAUCUUCCUUCUGGUCGAGGUGCAGUUCCAGGUGUAGGUCCUUGGCCAAUGAACAUGACUCUCCAUCAUGCAUACCCAUCUCCACCACAUACACCAAAUAUGAUACAACCAGUGCCUUUCAUGUACCCUCCUUACAGUCAGGCUCAGCCUAUACCACCAAAUAAUUUUUCUCCAAAUGGCAAUCAUUUUCAUCGCAAUCAUUAUGCAUGGCAAUGCAACAUCAGAGCCACUACACCAGAGUUUAUUCCCAGCACCAUUUGGCCUGGUUGCCGCCCGGUCGAGUUCUCUGUAAUUUCACCUGUGGCUGAACCAAUCUGUGAACUUAUAUCAGAGCAAAGGGCCCAAUCUCCCAGUUCUGAGUGCAGCCAAGGUUUGGCCCCUCUUCUGCCUGAUGAUAUCGGUAGUGUGGAGGAGGCAAAGAAAGAAUUGGUGGUUCCCAUGCCAGAAGUGGUACCUGAUGCAGAUAAAUUAGCUUGGAUUGGAGUGGAGAAUGAGAAACAGAAAGAGGAUCCUACUUCGUGUUUGGAUAAUGAGGGGACAACACCAGUACAUGGUGACAGUCCCAAGGAGAAGUCCGAGGAGAAUGCGGAGGUUACUAGGUCUAAUCAUCACGUGGAUGAUGAUGAAAGAACUUUCAACAUACUAAUUCGAGGAAAACGAAACCGAAAGCAAACUCUUAGAGUGCCGAUAAGUUUGCUUAGAAGACCUCAUUGUUCACAGUCGUUUAAAGUUGCAUACAGCAGAGUUGUUCGAGACAGUGAAACUUCUAGGCCCUUAUCAUCUUGUGAAAGUAAUCUAGCAACAUGAGUAAAUUGUUGGUAUUCACUACUGAUUUGGGAGAAGGGUUAUAGGAAAAUAUAUAUUCCUUCUUCCUAUAUGCAUCAUAAGUGUCAGAUACCUUGAGCCUUACAGGUCUUUUCGUACUAGCAUUGCAAUUGGACUCGAAAUAUUUUUCAGAGGUUAAAGGUCUAUAUUGGAAGACAAGUUAAGGAGCGAGGUGACUUUUUCUCUUCCUCCAAAAAGAAGGAAUGCUCAAAAACCUGAUAUAUAUCGAAGAUUUGAAAAUCACGAAUUUUGAUUCGCAGAAUGCACACACAAAUUUGGUUAUGGUUAUUGCAAGGCAUUGAUAGUGAUUAGUACAAAUGUACAAUUUUGUUCUACUGUGUAUACUGAGUACUGACUGCUUCAGCUGUUUUAUUGACGAGGUAUUGACAUUUUGCUUCUCUUCCAGCCAA